GAAGUGGCCUCAAAAUAUUGUUUACUUUCUCAGUCGGAAGCCGGCGACGUGAACUCUGUGGGAUAUUUAAAGCAGAUCUGGUCCAGAUAGAAUCCUCAUCUCAAAAAAAUGGCAUACAGAGCAACAAAGUCUGGCCUGGCCGCGGAGGCCCAAGGAAAGAUCAAGGGCAAAUAUGACCAGGGUGAAGCACAAAGAGCCCUCACAUUCAUUAGCCAAAAGAUCGGAGAAAGUUUUAACACAGCGGGAGACAUGGACAAUUUCCAGAGUCAGCUCAAGGACGGUGUCAAACUCUGCAAAUUAGUAAAUGCAAUUAAACCAGGGUCCGUUUCAGCGAAGAAAUAUGAAAAAAGCCCAACUUUACCGUUCAAACAAAUGGAACUUAUUGGUCUUGCCAUUGAUCAAAUGAAGGCAUUGGGAGUCCCAGAUCAUGAAAUGUUCGCCACAGUAGAUUUACACGAGGCCCAGAAUCUCCAUCAGUGUGUUAUUGGAAUUAGUGCCCUGGCCAGAAAGAUUGGUGCAUAUGGACCUAAAGAGGCAGAAGCUAACAAGCGUGAUUUCACGGAAGAACAACUCAAAGCAGGACAGAAUAUCAUUGGUCUACAGAUGGGAACUAACAAAGGUGCUAACCAAUCCGGAAUGAAUAUUGGAAAUACCCGGCAUAUAGUCGACUAAAUCAUCCAAUCAAUUUUUUGUUCAAGAUAUUCGCCACUCAAGUUAAGGUUAAGUUUCUCUUCAGCAUUUAUACUGUACUGAGUAUUUUGCAGAGGUUGGCUUCUUUAAAAAUCAAUGCUAAAUGUAACAACGGGCGAUGGUAGAUUUUAAUAAUUGUAUUUGCUACAGCUCAGCAACAUUUUUCAGGCAAUUCGACCAAUUUCUGUCAUGAAAGCAGGCUAUUUGUUUUUAUUUGCAAUAAUGAUUAGGGCAAGGAACGGGACCAAUGAUGAUGACGUCAUUCACUUUAUGUCAUAAACCAUUUUAUUGUUAUUUAGCUAUAUUAAUUUACAUUUUUUGUUUACAUGGUUUAUAUAAUAAACUUUUUUAUACAUUGAAA